GGCAGAAUGGGAGGGUCGCGCCUGCGCCAGGGCGCCGCUCGGGUUCUCGGCGUCGCCGAGUAGCCGAUCUCGGUGGGUGCGCCCGCUGGCUUCGGCCGAUCAAGACUAGACCCUCACUUGGGUCUGACCGAAGAGCCCGACUCUUCUCCCGUCCUAAGACAAGGAAAGACUGAGAGGAAGAGCUGGCGUGACGGGUGCGUCUCCGGGUAGCCCGCCGCGCGCCCCGCCCGAAAGUUCAAAUUAAGGAAACCCUAUAUCCUGCUUCUUUCUGUAAGUGGAUCUAAUUGUGCAAAAGAUCAAUCAUGCAGCCACCACCCCAGGCAGCCCCAUCAGGCGUGAUUGGGCCACCUCCAGCUGGGACUCCUCAGAGCAUGUUCUGGUCCAACAGACCGUAUAGGAGACAGGCAAAUAAUAACACACCCGUGACUCCAAUAACUUGCCCACUGCAGCCGGUGACGGAUCCAUUUGCUUUUAGUAGACAGGCGCUACAAAGUACAUCGUUGGGCAGUUCAUCCAAAAGCAGCCUGCCCAUUUUGCAAGGCCCAGCCCCAGCAGCGUUCCCUCAGCGCCCUGGUCUGCCUGUGCCUCACACAAAUGCUGGGGAUACCCCCCAAGGACCUGUGUCACAGCCCAGAGCAGAUGGUGGUCUGUUUUCCAGUGUGUUGACCCCUUCAGCACCAUUGGAGUCAGAGUUGAACCGGAGUGCCGACGGUGCUCCCAGCUCAGAACCCGAAGUUCAGACUCUGUCGUGUCCUCAGUACAUUCCAGGAGUGGGUCCUGACGGUUCCCACGGGGGGCAUCCACCCAUAAACCUGCCUGGGCCUGAUAGGCCCCUGAGUACGCAGAACCUGCACGAUGGUGCUCCGGCAUUAGCACCGCCCCCUUUCAUCCCUCAGCCUCAUCAGCCGACGCCAGGCCAGUGGGGGCCAGGGCAGAGCAGCCCACAACCCUCAGGUCAGCACUACUGGCCUCGCCCAGAAGGAUCUGUUCAGAAUGCGGUGCCCCAUGCCUCCAGUGUUCCUCACUUCCCUGCUCCAUCCAACCCGCACCAUGGUCCUGGCCACGAGCAGCUCAACCCACUGAUGCCUUUGCCAGGGCCCUUAGCCAGUGACGGAAGCACCGAGGCAGCCUACCUGCAAAGUGGAAACCACUCAACAAGUAACUUUGAUCCUGAAAAUGCAUUCAGGCAAAAUUCUCAAGCUGGGAAUACUCGGGUGAGCCAGGAGCUCAGGCCAAGUCCAGGAGUGAAUAAAGAGCAGUUGCCAGACCUUGCUCUCAUUAAUCCCCUCACUCAGGGAAAUAGCCCAGAAAGCCAUUUGCACUAUCCCCUCGGGGCUGGGACCAGCCGGGCCCUGCCAGAAGUGGACUCGGGAGCUCUCUCUAUGUUUUUCCAAGGUGGGGAGACAGAAAAUGAGGAGAACCUCUCAUCUGAAAAAACAGGCUCUGCUGGUCAGUGUGACUUCGAUGGCUUCUCCCCCAGUCCUGCACUCGGUCAUGCUCCUGCCCAUAUGGGAGCAGGUAGCAUUUACCAGGCCUUUCCCAAAGGUUCCAGCAGUGAGGCCACGCAGCCAGGAGGGCAUCCACAACCUUAUUUUUCUCAGUCUGCAGGUGCCCAGCCUGAUAGACCCACCACAGCAAAUGCUGCCAUCACCCUGUGGGGCAGCACAGCCAAUGCAGGUACGCACGCUGCCAGUAGCUCACAAUCUGAGAACGUGGAAGACCUUGAAUUCAUUCAGAAUCAGGAAGUCCUGCCAAGUGAGCCCCUGAGCUUGGACCCUUCCACCCCGAGUGAUCAGGUCAGAUAUGGGCCCCUUCCCAGGCCAGCCAUCCCCAGGCUCGGUGUUGUGGGCCUUGCUGGAGGCGGGGGCCCAAAUCUCGAGGCACCGGAUUCAGCACCGCACCCUGUACGAUCUGAUAGCGUGUCAUCCAGUUACAGCAGCAAGAGCCACAGGAAUCCUUCGAGUGCAGCCAGGCCCCAAGAAUUGGUAGGUACUUUCAUUCAGCAAGAAGUUGGAAAACCUGAAGAUGAGUCUUCGGGAAGUUUUUUUAAGCAAAUAGAUUCUUCUCCUGUGGGAGGUGAGACAAACGGGACCACCAUGAGCCAGAAUCACCACAGCAGCCUGUCUCAGCCCUCAACCCCCAGCCCUCCGAAACCCACUGGGAUAUUUCAGACAAGUGCAAAUAGUUCAUUUGAACCAGUGAAAUCCCACUUAGUUGGAGUAAAACCAGUUGAGGCCGAUCGGGCCAAUGUGGUGGGUGAGGUGAGAGGAACCGCUGCCUACCAGAAGCAGCGCAGACCCACUGCUGCCCCACCUGACACCUCCCCCGGCAACCUGGAGCAGCCGCCAGACAACAUAGAGACCCUGUUCACACUCCAGGCCUGUUCUCCGCCUUUUACUGUACCCGUGGAGGCCGGGCCUGGGCUCGUACACACCACUGGACCACCCUUGGAAACUGUGCUUCUGGCAGCUGAGAAAAGGCCUUUGGCCAGAGCCCAGGGAGCUGUGAAGUGUGAGAGCCCAGUGACGACGUUGUGGGCGCAGAACGAGCUGCCAGAUUUUGGAGGCAACGUCCUUCUAGCCCCAGCUGCUCCUGCGUUGCAUGUGCCUGUGAAACCACAGCCAUCUGAAGUGAUUCAGCCUCCAGAUGAGGGCGUGUCUGCUCCACAGGCCCGGCAGCCAGGCUCUGGCCUCCCUCUGCAGAGUGGGGACAGCAUCGGUGCUUCUGAGAACCUCGAGAAUCCUCCCAAGAUGGGAGAAGAGGAGGCCCUCCCAUCACAGGCAAGUUCUGGCUAUGCCAGUCUGUUAUCCUCACCACCCACUGAAUCUUUGCAGAAUCAACCAGUCUUGAUCGCCCAGCCUGAUCAAAGCUAUAAUUUGGCUCAGCCCAUUAACUUUUCUGUGUCCUUAUCAAGUCCUAAUGAGAAGAAUCAGCCCUGGAGAGAUGCUUUGAUUGGGGAUAAACCCUCCACAAGCAGCCGGGCUGUGGGGGGUGACUCUGGAGACAGCGCUCCUGUGUCUGGGAUCGUGGCUGGCUCUCUCACCCGCUCGCCUCUGCCCAGCAGUCUCAUGCAAAGUAGUUUUCCACAAGUUCCUGGCACUUUGGAAAUAGUUUCUAAUCAACCUGCUAAUUUGCUGGUUCAGCCACCACCUCAUCCAGUUCCAAAGAACUUGCUUCCAGAAAACCAAAAGAUUCAUAAUGUGGAGAACGUUCUUCCCGAGUUGGUCAGUAGCCCUGCUGGAAGCAUAGGCAUGAUGUUAGUGCCACCUGCAAAUGCUACCUCAGUACCUGCUGGUAAUAAGGCAGAUCACUCCAGUAAUCGGGAAGAAACUGCCGGAGCCCUAGACUUUGCGCCUAAUAGGACUUUGGAAAAUCCUCUAAGAAUGUAUAGCCCGUCCCAUUCUGACAGCUCCGCUUGUCCACACACUGUCAGCAGUCAUCCUAGACAACCGGGGCCUGGGCCACAUAACCCAGACUAUUUCUACCAACAGGUGACAAAAGAUGCUCAGGACCAGUGUGGCCUAGAGAGAGCCCAGCAGGAGCCCGCACCACCUCCCCCACAAGGGCCCAAAGCAGCAUGUUCAGAACCUUCAAACCCAGGAAGUCCACCCAUACAGGGUCAGCCCCAAAACUCGGUCCCACCACCUGCAAGUCCAGCUCCGGCUGACACGGGUCAGCAGUUGCCGCCGCCGCGGCCACCUCGGUCCUCCAGCGCAUCUGUUGUGUCCACCAGCUCGAGCCAGGCAGCUGUGCGGUCGGACCAGCACUGGCUGCAGCCGCCGCCUCCAGACUUGGCAUCUUAUUAUUAUUACAGAGCCCUGUACGAUGGCUACCAAUCCCAUUACCCAUCACCCUACCCGCCGGAUCCUGGCACGGUCUCCCUCUAUUAUCAGCAGGACAUCUACGGCCUGUAUGAGCCCAGGUACAGGUCCUACGAUAGCGCGGCGCCUGCUUAUGCUGACAGCUACCGCUACCCCGAGCCUGAGCGACCCAGCUCCCGAGCAAGUCACUGCUCAGACCGGCCAUCUGCCAGGCAGGGGUACCCCGAAGGUUACUACAGUUCCAAAAGUGGAUGGAGCAGUCAAAGUGACCGCUAUGCAGAUUGUUACUCCGGCCAGUAUGAUUAUGGAGACCCAGGUCGCUGGGAGCGGUACCACUAUGGUUCCAGAUUCCGGGAUCCCCGCACCUGUGACCGGAGGUAUUGGUAUGAUGCUGCUGAAUACGAUCCGUACAGGAAAGAAAGUUAUGCUUAUGGCGACAGGACCGAGAGGUAUGAUGACCCCUGGAGAUAUGACCCUCGCUUCACUGGCAGUUUUGACGAUGACCCUGAGCCCCACAGGGACCCUUAUGGGGAAGACGUGGACAGGCGCAGCGUGCACAGCGAGCGCUCGGCCCAGAGCCUGCGCAGCAGCUUCAGCUCCCACUCCCGUCAGAGUCAGGUUUACAGAAAUCAUGGUGUGACUGCUGCUUCCUACGAGGCCCCGCCUCCCCCCGGCUCCUUGCCUGGCGAUUAUGCCUACGGCGCCUAUGGCAGCAAUUUUGGCAGUGCCCAGGGCUUCCCAGAGUACGGCUACCCUGCUGAAGGUGGCUGGCCUGCCACGGAGCAAGCUCCAUCAAGACCAACUUCCCCGGAGAAGUUCUCCGUGCCUCAUGUCUGUGCCAGGUUCGGUCCUGGGGGCCAGCUCAUUAAAGUGAUCCCAAAUCUGCCUUCCGAAGGACAGCCUGCGCUGGUUGAGAUUCACAGCAUGGAGACCUUGCUGCAGCACACGCCGGAGCAGGAGGAGCUGCGCUCGUUCCCAGGACCACUUGGCAAAGAUGAUACCCAUAAAGUGGAUGUUAUUAAUUUUGCACAGAAUAAAGCUACAAAAUGUUUGCAGAAUGAAAAUUUAAUUGACAAGGAGUCUGCAAGUCUUCUUUGGAAUUUUAUCGUUCUCUUGUGCAGACAGAAUGGGACUGUGGUGGGAACAGACCUUGCGGAGCUUUUGUUACAAGACCACAAAACCGUGUGGCUUCCUGGGAAGUCACCCAACGAGGCCAACCUGAUUGAUUUUACUAACGAGGCUGUGGAGCAAGUGGAGGAGGAGGAGUCCGGGGAGGCCCAGCUCUCGUUUCUCACUGACAGCCAGGCAGCCAGCAGCAGUGCUCUUGAGAAGGAGACCGAGAGGUUCCGGGAGCUGCUGCUAUAUGGCCGCAAGAAGGAUGCUUUAGAGUCUGCAAUGAAGAAUGCCUUAUGGGGUCAUGCUCUGUUACUUGCAAGUAAGAUGGAUAGCCGGACACACGCCCGCGUCAUGACCAGGUUUGCCAACAGUCUUCCCAUCAACGACCCUCUGCAGACAGUGUACCAGCUGAUGUCAGGGCGGAUGCCUGCCGCAUCCACGUGUUGCGGAGAUGAGAAGUGGGGAGAUUGGAGGCCACAUCUUGCUAUGGUUUUGUCCAACCUGAGCAGCAAUGUGGAUGUGGAGUCCAGGGCGAUGGCCACCAUGGGUGACACUCUGGCUUCAAAAGGUCUCUUAGAUGCUGCACACUUUUGCUACCUCAUGGCCCAGGUCGGAUUGGGAGUUUAUACAAAGAAAACCACAAAACUCGUCUUAAUUGGAUCGAACCACAGUUUGCCGUUUUCAAAGUUUGCAACCAAUGAAGCUAUUCAGAGGACAGAAGCCUAUGAAUAUGCCCAGUCUCUUGGGGCACAGACCUGCUCCUUCCCCAAUUUCCAGGUGUUCAAGUUCAUCUACUCGUGCCGCCUGGCUGAGAUGGGGCUGGCCACACAGGCCUUCCAUUACUGCGAGGUGAUUGCCAAGAGCAUCCUGCUGCAGCCCCACAAGUACUCGCCCGUGCUCAUCAGCCAGCUGGCUCAGAUUGCAUCCCAGCUGCGGCUCUUUGACCCACAGCUGAGAGAGAAGCCGGAGGAGGAGUCCUUUGUUGAGCCUGCCUGGCUGGCCCAGCUGCACCGCGUGGACAAGCAGGUCAAGGAGGGUGCCACAGUGUGGAGUCAGGAUGGGACCUUCCCCCAGCGCUGCCCCAGCACACCGAGCUCCGAGGCAGGGCACUACGAUGGCCCAGCGCUCGCCCAGCCAGGGGGCCCGGGCACCAGCAAUCCGCUACUGGCGCCGCCCGUGCCCAGCGCUGAGCACUUUGGCCAGGGUGUGCGGCUGCUGCCUUCAGCUCCGUCAACGCUCCCUGCCAGCCAGCCAGUCGUCCCUGCCAGGGUGCCACUGUUCCCGGUGCUGCCACCUGAGGGCCCUGUUGAGCUGGGGCCUAGCUGUGGACCCCAAGGGGCUGCCCUUGGCUUUCCAGAGCCCUCUGGGCCUGACCCUGUGGCUCCGUACCUGGGGCCUGGCCUGCCACCUGGUGUGCCACCUCUGCAGGGAAGUGAGCAGGAGGCCAGGACCCAGGACCCAGGGGUGUUGCCACCAGAGGCGCUUGGUAGAAACUCACUUCUGGAGCUGAGAGAAGAGGGUUUUGGUGGAAAAUUUGCUAAUCUGGGCCCCUCCAGGAUGUCCCAGGACUCUGAGGUCCCUCCAGGGUGGGAGUGUGCCAGCUCAGGUGCUCUGCAGCCACCACUGACGUCCGCUCCCGAAGUGAAGAGACCUACACAAGCAGCCAGGAAAGAGGCCAAGGAGCCUAAGAAGAGUAGUGAAUCCUGGUUCUUCCGUUGGCUCCCGGGGAAAAAAAGGACAGAAGCUUAUUUGCCAGACGACAAGAACAAAUCGAUCGUCUGGGAUGAAAAGAAGAACCGGUGGGUGGAUGUAAAUGAGCCGGAGGAGGAGAAGAAGGCUCCGCCCCCACCACCAGCCUCGCUCCCCAAGGUUCCGCUUGCUGGGCCCCCUGGUCCUGGAGGGCCCCCGAGGGCCUCUGUGAACAUGUUUUCUAGGAAAGCAGCAGCUGGAGCCAGAGCACGCUACGUGGACGUUUUAAACCCAGGGGGCCCUCAGCGGAGCGAGGCAGCUCCUGCUCCUGCAGAGUUUUUUGCUCCUCUUGCCCCGCUCCCGAUUCCUCCUCACUUGUUUGGACCAAAUGCAGACGCAGAGGAAGCCCCACCCGCAGAGGGGGCCGCAGGGGGUUCGGCCAACCCAGAACCUGCCUCAGAGCCCCAGGUGUUUAGCUCGGCGGCGGACACUCCCCGGUCCUGAGCUCCCACCUGCCCACGAGGACAGCUCCCAAGGAGGAGAGGCUCCCAGCGACCACGCCCCUGCAGGGGGCGUUCCCGGGCCAGCCAUGCCUUUCUACAGCCCUGCUCCCUUUGCACAGGCCUCUGCCACCUCGGGAGGCUCAAGGAUGGGGAGGACUGGCCAGAGGAAGUACCCAGUGUUGAGCUAGGAGAGUCCCCAUCCUGGAGCCGUAUCCUGAAGCCUGAAAUCCUUAUAAUGCUCCACCAAGAACUCCAACAGACCACCUGCAGCAUCCCUGUGUUCCUGGAUGGGCAGCUGUGUCUCCACGUGACAUAGUCGCUCUUCCUCCACCGCUUCUGUCCCUGAAGGAUGGCCCAAGUCAGGUGCAGCUCCAGAAGGACGCUGGCUGGGACGGGAGCUCUCCGGCUCUGUCAUCUUUCACCUAACAGUGACUUAAGGGUCAGACAGGCUCAGUUGUGGAAGAGUGUCAUGCUGGGUGGGGCUGGAGGCAUUUUUGUUACAGGAAGGACUUCGCUCUUGAGGAACCCGGGUGUCUCUGAGAACCUAACCAUGCACAGUGAACAGCGAGCCUUGGGUCCAGGGGAGGCUCUGCUGCCCGCCUGUGGCCCUGGGAGGUCCUUUCUGCAUCAAAGCCCUCAAGGAAAUGUGGACUUGGUUUAGCAAGAAUUCGGUUAGCUUUUGAGGGAGGCCCGAAUCGCUGAAGUGCAUCUCCAUCCGGUAGCAAAGACGUUUCCAGCUUCUUCUGUCUGUGUCCCAUGCAACCCAGGGGGACUGGCUUUGCCCGUGCACGAGGGGUGGCCCUGUCUUUCCCACCCGGGACCAGUCCACGUUAACCCACCGGUACUAAAACUGUCACCACAACAAAUCUGAUUUGGGUGUUUUCCAUAUGUGAGUAGUGGGAUUAGGUUCCUCGGGGAACCGCUAGGGAUGGCCACGCUGCCUGUGCCAGAGUCACGACUGGUCCUCACGGUGCCAUCCACUUGCCUUGCUUUCUCAGGGGGUGGUGACAUCUUGAAGAGAGGGGUGGAAAAUACUUCUUGACUCGUGCUCUGCAUCUAAGGUUCUGCCUCUGUUCUACCCACCCCAGCAUCUUCUGCAGGCAGCGUGCUGACUGCAGUCACAGGAAACCAGAAGGGAGAGCCCUCCCCCUGGACUCCAAGCUUUACGGCUUCAUCGACUGUUCCUGAAAUUAUUCACAUUCUUGUUAAGUCUGAAGAGACUGCAGAAAAGAUUUAAAUAUUUAUAAGAAUCAUUAGGAAAUAAUUUCUGUAGGUUCUGCUGGGGAACGUAGUUUGCUUGGUGUUUUAAAUCUGAGUACAGAAACGGUAAAAACGUGGAAUUCGCGCAGGCCUCCCCAUUUCCCCGGGACCCUGGGUCCUCCAGGAAAGGCCACUGAAGGUUUCCCGUGUGUCGCCUACAGGCAGGCUCAAUACAUCUGUUCCUGUCACUUUGAGAGAGUCCGGGUUGAAGGGGCAGCAUCCUUGCGUCCCUUGGUGCGCAGUGGGGGUCCUGGGCCCCCAGACCUUCCCGGCGCCCUCGGCAGCCCCCCCAUCUGGCCUGCCCACCGUUGUCUGCGCCGACUUCCACCGACUUUUGGUUCAAGAAGCUCCCUUCCGGGCCGGCGGGAGCUGUUAUUUUCCUAAGUGCAAAUUGUUACACUGCAAAUUGGUAAAUAAAGUAUUUUGCGCUCGCAGGCGCUAUCA